CUUAGAAGAGUGAGCGGCGCAAGAGGGAAGUGUUGGAACUCAGUUAAUGCCUUCAACCCGGCGCCCGUGCUGCCACAAUGAAGAACAGCAGGACAGUGCAUAUCGGACAAUCUAAAUCAGAGAGUCAAGUCAGGUUCAAUGAAAAAAAUAGAAGAGAACUUCCAUUUGAAGUAGCGUCUCUUUAAAUUCUUCUGUUGAUUUGUUGUAUUGUUUGACAAGAACGGCUCCAAGAUAUAUUUUUUAAAUGUACCAUUGUUAAUCAAACACCAGAAGAGUGCGGCAGUGUGCGGAUGAACAACCUUCUUUGUGGUUUCUCGAUCGAAUUUGUUCUAAAGCACGUUUAUUUACUCAGGUUUAUUUACUAUUGUUUCCUCCAAAAUGGAUCCAUUGUUCACUUCGACAGAUGCGCCAAGUAACGGGACUAACGUCUCCGAUUUUCAGAAUCGAACAAUAUAUUGGAACCAGUUUGUCCAACCCGUUUGGAGAAUUGUCCUUUGGGCUAUUGCCUAUAGUUGCAUAGUUAUUGUGUCCGUGGUAGGGAACGUUAUAGUUAUAUGGAUAAUUAUGGCGCAUAAACGAAUGAGAACAGUGACCAACUAUUUUUUGUUGAACCUUGCGUUCGCUGAAGCAUCUAUGUCAGCUUUUAAUACCGUUAUCAACUUCUCCUAUGCCGUACACAACGAAUGGUACUUCGGGCUGGUGUACUGCCGCUUUCACAACUUCUUUCCCAUCGCCGCUGUCUUCGCCAGUAUCUACUCAAUGACUGCCAUAGCGCUAGACAGGUACAUGGCCAUCAUCCACCCACUGCAGCCCCGGAUGACCUCGACAGAGACCAGGGUGGUGGUGGUAGUGAUCUGGGUUCUGGCCCUGCUCCUGGCCUUUCCCCAGUACUAUUACUCCACCACAGAUGAGCUGCCUGGAAGAGUUGUCUGCUACAUCGACUGGCCCGAGUACACUGUCUUCGACUUCAAAAAGAUGUACCACGUGUGUGUGGUGAUCUUGAUCUACGUGCUGCCCCUGCUGGUGAUGGGAUGUGCCUACCUCGUGGUGGGCCUGACCCUGUGGGCCAGCGAGAUCCCCGGAGACUCCUCCGACCGCUACAGGGAGCAGCUGAUGGCCAAACGCAAGGUGGUGAAGAUGAUGAUCGUGGUGGUGUGUACGUUCGCUGUCUGCUGGCUGCCCUUCCAUGUGUACUUCCUGCUCCAUCAGUUCUUCCCCCAGCUGUUUGAGGAGACCUUCAUCCAGCAGGUGUACCUGGCCAUCAUGUGGCUGGCCAUGAGCUCCACCAUGUACAAUCCCAUCAUCUACUGCUGCCUCAAUGACAGGUUCCGCGCUGGCUUCAAGCAGGCGUUCCGCUGCUGUCCAUGCGUACCCGACGCAUCCUACGAGGGCCUGGAGCUCAAGUCCACCCGCUACCUUCAGACCCAGACCAGCAUGUACAAGGCCAGCCGCAUGGAGACCACCAUCUCCACUGUGCACCAGGGGGCCAACGAACCAGAGCCCCUACGGCUAGGGGUAGCAAAACGGGGGGGAGGGGUGGGUUUGCCCGCCCGUCGCUCCUCCAUGGACCUCACCUCCAAUGGCUCGUCAUCUCGGAGCAUCUCCAAAACUGUGUCAGAGACCUCCAGCUUCUACUCCAGCAACAACCUGCCAGAGUAGAGCCGGCUCCUAUCUCCCCGACCCACAUGGACAACGCAUGAGCGAGUGUGAGUGCUUGCAUGUGUGUAUGUGUGUGAAUACAUCCCUGUCAGUCUGUUUCCGUAGACGGUGGCCGCGGUGCCCUAACCCUAUUAAGGAGUAGGAGAGAGAAAAGCUUGGAUGUUGGAUGUUUCCCAAAUAUGGAUCCAAGCUGAGCGUGUUUGAUAGGGUUAAGCUCUGUACUGUGACAAAGCUGGUUUCCCUUCCAUCCUUCAGAUAACACAAUCAGACCUCAGCCUGAGCACCUCAUCCCAGCGAGCCUGGAUGCACCAGGCUUUGGUGGAGAACUUUUAUAGCUUUUCCUCACCUCCCUCCUGCAACAUACAGUGUCACUUCGCACGCACGCCCUACACACACUGCACAUGGAGUUCACAAGCUCCAUUUUUAUAACCAGAGUGUAACUGUCUCAAAUUGCUGCUGGCGUGCUGUGAAUAGUCUCCAGACUUACAGGGCGUUUCUCAGAGUCGCCCCGGACAAGUCCGCCCUGCCGCCACAACGGUGGCAGCCUGGGGGGCGAAACAAGUGAUCCAUGAGACGUUGCCAUCUGGGUUAGGGUCUGGGGGCAUCUGGCGAAGGACGUCUGUUUUACACCAGCGGAGCAGCCAAGAUAUGCGCUGAACCUCUGAACUUGACAGGAUGUGAUGUGAGAGGUGUGAGGGCUGUCAUCAAAGCCUUUUCUACGGGUUUCUUGUCUGACAGCGUCCUGUAGGGCUGUCAUGGCCAGGGUCAUACAGGCUGAGGUGUGGACCAUGUAGCGUUAGGGCUACUGUACUUCUGUAAUAUAUUAUCUGUGAAGAGAUUUAGUGGGUAUGCACACACAUACACACACACAUACGCACACGUACGCACACGUUGUUCAAAAGGAAAGCCAGGCUAGCUGUUAUUCCACUCCCUCCACCCUCACCCUCCCCUUCGUCACAGGUCUGUUUGUAGUUUGAGGGAAGCGAAAGUGUGGGUUGGUCGGGGCAUGGGGGCAGGGGGAAAGAACACCUGUUGUUUCACGUCAUUAUGCCUGCCUCCGAGUGUCAGCGCUCUAUUCUUACUGAGGAGCUCCGAACCAGGAGGAGGAGGGGGAGGAAUGCUUCUGCUAUGCUGGCCGUGCUGCUGUCAACCAGCAUAGCUGUCUGUGUGCACAGAGAUGAACAGAGACUUUCUCACCCCUAAGGUUUACAUUCUAUAAACAUACUGGAUGAUGCAUGCAGAUUUUCUCUUUUUGUGCAUAUUUGGAUUUCCCAGGGAGACAGGGAGAUCAAGACGGUGUUUAUGUGUGUGUGUGUGUGUGUGUGUGUGUAUGUGUGUGUUUGUGUGGCCAGGGUUUGGCUUCCUGUCACAAACUUCCACACGCCAGACCACAUAAGAACGGCGUGUUUAUAACACGCUCUGACAGACGCACAUGCAGUCGGGCCAAAGACUUCAGAUGAAGGGCUGCAGUUUGGACACAUAGCGGUACAGACACUGAACAGAUGACACAGCAUAAUACGGACAAAGGUAAAACAAGCAGUUGAAUGUAGAGUGUUUUUGAAUUUCAGCUGCUAGGGUCAAGUGAAGCUUUUGUAUUAGAGAUACAGCUGAACGUGUAACACCCCGCCCCGCCCCCCCCUCUUUGUAAAGACCUCGCCAUUAGCCGCAUGGCAGGAUAAGAGGGUUCUCCAUUGGAGAGCUGUUCGUUUGGAGUGAUGGAGACAAAAGACCAUGUUGUUGCUAAGAGCCGGCGCCAGUCAUCCUAGGCUGCCUACCCAACAGAGUGAAUGGUCUCAUCAGCACCAUCUCUCUCCAAUCACACUAAUUUCCUAGAGGAGGAGACUGGAGCCACAGGAACAGCUGCACACACGACACACACUCGUGGACACACUCAUUGGCACAUGAGCACACGGCAUGCGUCAGAACUCUAAAAAGACACAGAGCACACAGCAUUUUGUGGAAAGGGGAUUUUGUGUGUCAAUGAGUGAUGUGCUCAAGAGACCAUGUUUAAAUAAGAGGAAUGUGCAGCAGGCGUGUGUGUGGGAGAGAGACAGAGAGAGAAAAGAGUGGGUGGAGAGGGAAAGAGACUGAGGGAGAGAAUGA